UUGCUUUAAGAGAACGGACGACAAUAUUGCAGUCGAGCGCUGCGCUGGAAUUAUUUCGAAUUUUAAAACAAAGUUCAGGGAACAUGUCAUGUACGUCUGGCUGCAUGAGGCAGGCUGUAGGCACGGCGCUUGUCAUGCUGUGUGUGUGGACGCCGGGCCUGCUGCUCACCGCGGCCGUGGACUCGAACCCGAUGACAGUUAAAGAUGAGGCAGCGCAGGAAGCGUUGAGUUCCAACUUCAACAUAGGAGUGCCCGGCGAAGACAGUCAGCUCGAGAGCAACUUCACUCAACCCUUUGAUCCCAAUAUUCGCCAAGGCGUCUCCUCUUCCGCGAAUCUUUGGCCUAAGAUUAACGGGUUUCCGACCAUCAUUUAUAAGAUGGGUGGAACGAGAGUACAGAGCUCUACCAUUAGAGCGGCCCUUGAUCAAUAUGAGCUACACACUUGCUUAAGGUUUCAGCAGACACCAAAGUUUUUGUAUCUGGGAAACCGCCUCUCGUUUGUGGCGGGCUCUGGGUGCUCCUCGUAUGUAGGAUACCAGCCGAAUUUCAUUACCUGGAUUUUUGGCCAACACAUAACAUUGGCUGAAGCUUGCGACAAAGUUUGGACGGUCAUCCACGAAGUUGGCCACGCUCUUGGCCUGUACCACACACAAGGACGUUCAGAUCGAGACGCUCACGUCAAAAUACUCUUCCAAAAUGUGCAAGCUGGCACGCAAAACAAUUUCAACAAAUACAAUACCAAGGAUUUCGAUACUGAAUACGAUUUGCUCUCAGUCAUGCACUACGGACCUUUUGUGAAUUUGUGGGUGUCUAAGUGCGCUGACAUCUCUGGUGAUCCUUGCCAGAACCUAGGCUAUUUGGGACCGAAUUGUACAUGCGUUUGCCCAGCUGGAACAUCGGGACAACUUUGUGAGAUCAAGGAGAUAGAGUCAUAUACUAAGGCCCUCAUGAAUCAGUACUUGCCGAAAAAUCAAGUACUCAUUACCGAAGAAGCGAUAUCUUCUGCUACAACGAUGAUGGGUGACAUUUUCACGAAACUGUUCGAGGCUCCAGCAUGCUUCCGACCACAACUGACGGUCACAUAUUUCCAGUUGGCAGCCCGGGAUCUUCUCGGCCGUUGUUCUGUGCAAGGCACUGAAAUUGGCCUCGAUGGACCGAGCGAGAGUGGCACUGUCUAUUGCGGCUCAGAACUUGAACAGGGACAAAAUUUUACGAGUAAUUUUAGAACACUUUUCGUCUUCUAUUGGGUUGGGAUAAACAACAACACCUUAGGCUUUGAGUUUGAUGUAAAGUUUGUUGAGAAGUCAGGAUGCACUGAAGUAGGAGGAUCCGAAGUCAUAACAGGAUGAUUGGGAUGACGUUUUUAAACAGUUUGCUUGACCUUAUUAAUAUUAGUGAAAGUUUGUUUGUUUGUGUGUGUUUUAAGUCUGGUCUUUAAGCUCUUUAAGCAUGUAAUCAAAAUUCAUUUCGUACCUGGUAAUUACCUAACUUUAAAAUUUAAUAGUAGUGUGAGAACAGUGAAGAAUUGCAAAACUGGGUGAAGGGAUGUACCAAAAAUUCAUACCUGCUUUUAAAUCUUAAUAAAUGAAUGUAGUUGAGAUGACGACAAUUUUUUAUUACUCUAA